AGUGUGUGUUUCCGCCGGUAGAAACAGUGUGUGACCCUGCUCUGUGGAAAGCGGCUUCUUGUUGCCACGUCGGAAGAACCGGGUUUAUUCAUUUAGAAUAAAAUACAAUAAUAUCCUGGAUAGUUUCCUGCUUUAGCUGCAGUCAUGGUUUCCGUUAUCAACACGGUGGACACCUCUCAUGAGGAUAUGAUCCACGAUGCCCAGAUGGAUUACUACGGGACUCGCCUCGCCACCUGCUCCUCGGACCGCACCGUGAAGAUGUUCGACGUCAGAAACGGAGGACAGAUCCUGGUGGCUGACCUCAGAGGCCACGAGGGUCCGGUGUGGCAGGUGGCCUGGGCUCACCCCAUGUUCGGAAACAUCCUGGCUUCCUGUUCCUACGACCGUAAAGUCAUCAUCUGGAAGGAGGAGAACGGCAGCUGGGACAAGAUGCACGAGUACUGCGGACACGAGUCAUCAGUGAACUCUGUGUGUUGGGGUCCCUAUGACUUCGGUCUGAUUCUGGCCUGUGGCAGCUCGGACGGAGCCAUUUCUAUCCUCACUUUCACCGGAGAUCAGCAGUGGGACGUCAAGAAGAUCAGCAACGCACACACUAUCGGCUGUAACGCGGUGAGCUGGGCUCCGGCUGUGGUUCCUGGCAGUUUGAUCGAUCAGCCGUCGGGACAGAAACCAAACUACGUCAAACGCUUCGUCUCCGGAGGCUGCGACAACCUCGUCAAACUCUGGAAAGAGGAGGACGGUCAGUGGAAGGAGGACCAGAAGCUGGAGGCUCACAGUGAUUGGGUGAGAGACGUCGGCUGGGCUCCGUCCAUCGGGCUGCCCACCAGCACCAUCGCCAGCUGCUCCCAGGACGGACGCGUGUUCAUCUGGACGUGUGACGACCCGGCUGGAAACACCUGGACGGCUAAACUCCUCCACAAGUUCAACGAUGUGGUUUGGCACGUCAGCUGGUCCAUAACCGGAAACAUCCUGGCUGUUUCAGGAGGAGACAACAAGGUGACGCUGUGGAAGGAGUCGAUGGACGGGCAGUGGGCCUGCAUCAGUGACGUCAGCAAAGGACAAGGAGCCGUCUCCACCAUCACAGACACACAGCAGAGCGAGCAGUGACACACACACACACACUUAUAACAUGACCCCUGGCUCUACAAGGACGACCCGAUCUUCAGAGAUGAUUUUAGCGUUAGUAAUUAACACGCCGGACAUUUCAACAGAACCUUGUCCACACUGAUUGAGAUUCUUUUGUAAUGUUUUUGUUUGAUGAUUACAUUUGUCCGGGAUAAAGUUUAUCAGAGGCGGAGGAAACGUGUAUUAAAUGGUGCAGAAUCUCUGCAAAUGCACACCUUAUAAUAACGGUAGAGUGUUUCAACAUGUACAUUAAUGCUGGUCCAGAUUGAAAUCCAUCCCAUGAUGCUUUUCCCCCUGAAAACAUUCCUCCUCCUCCAGCGGAGAACAGCAGCAAGCCUCCACCUGCAACUAUAAAACAUCAUCUCCAGUUUAUUUAAUGCAUUUGUUUCAAAACUAGCUUCAAUGAUCAUCCUCAGUUUCAGUGAGAACAAUCAGAGAAAGAAAUACGUCCUACACUUCAUCCAGUACAUUUAAUAAGUAAAUAAAUAAAUGAUUUAUUGAUGAGUGCACAUUGUUUACCACUCAAUACAAGAGGCUCAAUAAAUACAAAGAUGUCUGUGUAAUCAGAACAUGCCUUAUGUUUGGCACCCUGAAUGACUCGCUGCCAACACAACCGUGAAUUAAGCAUCAACAGUUGUGAGUGUUUUCUUCCAGUUGUGAGAUCAGAAAACCCUGGAUGUGUUUUUCAUAUUUGAUGUAAUUAAAAAACUAUAAUAUUAAAACAA